AUGACAAAGAAGAAACUAUCCGAAAAAUACAAACAGAAACUAUCAAAACAUCCUAUACCUAAAUCAAAUAAUCCACAAGGAAUAACUGUUGUUAGUGAAUUUGUUCGACAAUUUGUUCGACGUCAUGUUAAUGAAAAUCAACGUAAUCAAUCUGAUUUAUAUUGGCGUCCAGGUUCUAAUAUUAGUCAUAAUAUAAAUUUAUUACCACAAUCAACAAAAAUUCAUCGAUUAAAACAGAAACAAACGUCUAAGACAAAUGAUAACCCUGUCAAAAUAAAUCAUUCUAAUAUAAAGAAAAAAUCUUUCAAUAAAUCAAUAAUCAAUCAAAAACCAUCGAUUAUAUCAAUGAAUUUAUCCAAUCAAUUACAUAAUUUAUGGAAUGGUUAUUUUCAAUCUGUUAUGUCUAUUCUUCCUACUAAAUUAAAUGAUCAUAAUUGUAGUAAUUUUAAUUUAACAAAAAAUUUAGAUACAAUUUUACGUUUGAAUUUAAUUGGUGCUCAACUUAAAAUUCUACGUUCCACAUCAUGUCGAGCUGGUAUAGAAGGUAUUGUAGUAAUGGAAACAAAGAAUACAUUUUGUUUAGCAAUAAAUUCAUUACAUAAUGAAUUAUCAAGUGAAUCAUUAGUAACUCUUACUACUGUUCCAAAAUUAGGUUCAUUAUUUUCACUCACUUUACCUCAUAUUGUUAAUAAAUCAAAUAAUAAUCAUAGUAGACAUCAAAAAAUUGAAAUUUUACUUAAUGGUGAUCAUUUAACACAUCGAUCAGUUGAUCGAGCUAUACGUAAAUGGAGAUAUAUACCAACAACAGCAUAUGAAUAUAAUCAAAAUGCAUUAACAACUGAAGCUAUUUUAUCGAAUGUACUCAUUGAUAAUGUAAUAAAUAGAUGAUUAUUUGAAUUGUUUUAAAUUUAUGUACAGAUAAUUUGUUGUAGUUGCUUGUCAGUUUGGACUUUUUUUUGUAAGUGACUCAAGAAGUGAUUAAGUUGUCAGUGAGAGAGCGAGAAAGUGUGUGUGUGUGUGUGACGAUAACUUCAAAUUUUUAAGAUAAUUAUGGUUGCAUCCGUUACUUAUUUACUUACGUCUGUUACUCCUCGUAGAUUAGCAUAGGCCGCCCACCAGCACUAUCCAUCCAACCCUGUCCUGGGUAAUCCUUCCCAGCUCUUUUUAGUUGUUAUUCAUCCUUUU